CUCUCUCUCUCUCUCUCAAACGAAUUGGGGCAGGCUGCAGGCAACCCAAUUUGAAAAAAAAAAGGAAGUGAAUUUUCUUUUUCUAGGGUUUCUUUCUAAUUAUUACCCUACCCACCUCCUUCCCAUUUUCCAGAUCAUCAGAAUUCCCCGAAAAGUUGCGAUUUUGGGGCUUGGGGUUUUGGCUUUCGUCUUUCUCUUCCAGUCUCUUCGUCCUCACAGAUCUCUUCCUGUUUUUCUUGAAUGUGAGUAAGUGUCAAAAGCUGCUCUCUUCUUUCGUUGUUCUCCUCAAUUCGAAGCUCGUCUGUGUAUACAUAUGCAUACAACUUCCUCAGCUGAUGAGUGGUGGAAAUGAUGGAGCUGCAUGAAGAUUGAUUCUUUCCUCCUUUUUUGGUCUGCUGUUCGAAUUAGGGGGGUUUCGUUUAAUUUGAGGCGUAGUUGCGGGAAAGUUUGAGCUUUUGAGUAGGGGGUUGAAUUUUUGAUUUUAGGACGAAAGCGUUUGGUCGGAGGAGGGUAGGGUUUUCUGUUGGGGGUGUAGAGAUAUGAUCAAACAGAUACUGGGGAAGUUACCUCGCAAGCCUUCGAAAUCUUCGAGUAACGAAAGUAACAGUGAUGGUGGGUUCAAUAAUGCUUAUUCUUCUUCGUCUGUCAAUUCGGGUUAUGGAGCCAAUGCCAUUAACAGCUCAAAGCCAGCUCCAGUGGCUUCGAAAUCGGCUAAUUCAGGGGCAUCGCAUUUGAACAAUGGGAACAAAGUCAAUCAAGGGAAAAGGGUGCCGCUCAAUCCGGUAAAUGCCCUGGUUUCUGGGGCUUAUGAGGCAUUGCCUAGUUUCCGGGACGUUCCUAACACAGAGAAGCAAAAUCUCUUCAUCAGAAAGCUGCAAAUGUGCUGUGUUUUGUUCGAUUUCAGUGAUCCGACCAAGCAUCUCAAGGAGAAAGACAUCAAGCGGCAGACUUUGCUCGAGCUAGUCGAUUAUGUCUCCUCAGUUACAAUGAAGUUCAACGAGAUAGCAAUGCUAGAGAUAACCAAAAUUGUUGCUUCUAAUCUCUUCAGAACUCUUCCCGCCACGAAUCAUGAAAACAAGAUACUUGAAAUGUAUGACAUGGAAGAGGAAGAACCGACCAUGGAACCAGCUUGGCCUCAUCUUCAGAUUGUUUAUGAGUUCCUAUUAAGAUUCGUGGCCUCAGCGGAGACUGAUGCGAAGCUUGCCAAGAGAUACGUUGACCAUUCUUUUGUGUUGAGAUUGCUCGACUUGUUUGACUCUGAGGAUCAAAGAGAGAGGGAGUAUUUGAAGACGAUAUUGCAUCGUGUUUAUGGGAAAUUCAUGGUGCAUCGCCCAUUUAUCCGGAAGUCCAUCAACAAUAUCUUCUAUAGGUUCAUUUUUGAGACAGAGAAACAUAAUGGGAUUGCUGAGUUGCUGGAGAUAUUGGGCAGCAUUAUUAAUGGGUUUGCCUUGCCAUUGAAGGAAGAACAUAAGCUGUUUCUUGUCCGUGCAUUGAUUCCACUUCACAAGCCAAAGUGUAUAUCCAUGUAUCACCAGCAACUCUCCUACUGCAUUACUCAGUUUGUGGAGAAGGAUUUCAAACUGGCUGAUACUGUGAUUCGUGGUCUUUUGAAGUAUUGGCCCGUUACUAAUAGUUCGAAGGAGGUUAUGUUCCUUGGUGAGUUGGAGGAAGUUUUGGAAGCUACUCAAGGAGCAGAGUUCCAGCGCUGUAUGGUUCCGCUGUUCCGACAAAUUGCUCGCUGCCUCAACAGUUCACAUUUUCAGGUGGCUGAACGAGCGUUGUUUUUAUGGAACAAUGAUCACAUAAGAAAUCUAAUCACUCAGAACCAGAAAGUGAUACUGCCCUUAAUCUUCCCAGCACUGGAAAACAACACAAGGGGCCACUGGAACCAAGCUGUACAGAGCCUGACACUAAAUGUACGAAAGAUAUUCUCGGACUCUGACCCAGAAUUCUUUGAGGAAUGCCUGACAAAAUUCCAAGAAGAUGAAGCCAAGGAGAGAGAAGCGCAAGAGAAGCGACGAGUCAUCUGGAAGAAGUUGGAAGACACUGCUGCCGCCAAAUCUGUGACGACUGCAGCUGUGCUCGUCUCGAGGUUCGCCACCUCGGUCGCCAUUCCAAGCGGAACGAGUCCACGGGGGUCGAGUGGCAGUUGAGGAACAACAGCAAGCAACUGCAAAGUUGAAGACUCUUUUGGAUCCUUUGAUGAGAGGUUGUGGUGGCCUUAUUGGUUUGCCAAUGAUCGAAAUCUUUUUUCCUGGUCUCACUUUCCCUCGAGCUUCUCAGUGUAUAAAACCAUGUUGCCCGGGUGAUAAAGAAAACAGCCAUGGUUUCCUUGUGAUAGAUAGGGUUCAGUCUCGGUGAAGUGUGUAUUAUAUGGGAUUUGAUGAUAGAAGGUAGCGUUUAUUUGGGAUUUCUACCUGAUAAUAUUUUUAUUUCUCCUGUAUUAACACAAAGAAAGAUUGUUUCCCAUAAUCCAUUCCCUCCAUUUGUUUAUACUUCUGAGAGACAUUCUAAAUGCCUUAUGCUGCUGCAGGGUAUUUGCCUGAUGAGAUGUUCAAUGUGUAUGUUCCUUUUCCUCCUUGCCAGGUGCCACAGAUGUUCAUUCAUUAUUCC